AUGAAGCCGGCCUUCGGUUUCUCCAUCGAGGCAAUCCUACGAGACACGCACCCCUCGGCCACAGACCAGAUAUCUCUCAAAGAGGUCGGCGUGAGUGGUGAGGACGAGGCAGACCCCGAGCCCAUGCCACGCUACCCGUCCCUGGGCGUGGCCGAGCAGCUGCUGCUGCUGCCCCCGACGCCCUGCUACGGGAUCCACCAGCCAUCGCCGCUCUCUGUCGGCCCGCAGCCACACGGAGUGCCCCUCGCGGCAGCGGCGGCGGCAGCGUGCUGCGGCGGAUGCCUGUCGCUGCAGUUGCUUUCGUGGGGCGUCUGCCAGCCCCUGACCGCGGCGGCGUUGCCGUCUACCGCUGCCGCCGCCAGCCUGCCAACGCAGCCGGCACAGGCCAAGGCGACGGCCGAGCGCUGCUUCUCGUGCGGCCAGUGCGGCAAGCGCUUCAAGCGCUCCUCGACGCUCUCGACGCACCUGCUCAUCCACUCGGACACCAGGCCCUACCCGUGCCACUUCUGCGGCAAGCGCUUCCACCAGAAGUCCGACAUGAAGAAGCACACCUACAUACACACCGGCGAGAAGCCGCACAAGUGCGUGGUGUGCGGCAAAGCGUUCAGCCAGUCGUCCAACCUGAUCACGCACACGCGCAAGCACAGCGGAUUCAAGCCGUUCGCGUGCCGCAUCUGCGGCCGCGCCUUCCAGAGGAAAGUGGACCUGCGCCGGCACACGGACUCCCAGCACAGCGCACCGGCUGCCAUGCGCGGCCAAUCACCGCCAGCCGUUACGCCGCCGGUUGAUCGCACCGUCCCGGUCAGCGCAUCGCCGGCGGCCGCCAGCGCCUGCAUGCCGUAG